ACCUCGGGUAUAUACCUGUCAAUGGUGAUAUUUGCAGGCUGAAAGCCGUACGAAUAUGAUACUGAUUUUAAUCUUAGGGCAAACUGCUUUCAUGCUCUGCGGGUGAAUGAACUUAGUAAUAAAUACGAAAACACACCAGUUCUUACGGCGAACCGUCGGUAGAAGGCGGACUACGGGUAAGUCCAUAGGCAGAGACACGAUCCCUCCGCUUAUCAGGUGUACAGAGCGGCACUUCAUUAGUUCACUGCGGCAGAAGGUGGCACACUUUCUCUCAGCCGAGCUUUGGUGGCAGAGCGAAGAUUUUACUCGAUAAACAAACACCAGCAUGGAGAGUUGCAAUCUGUCGCUGCUGAUUAAGGUACUUGCGGUGAUAUCGAUCAGCCUGACGGCCGGACUGCUGCUGGAUGUCCGCGAUCCUUCAGACCUGAUCUUCAUGAGCGGGUAUCCUGAGCUGUGGAGGAAAACCGGGCUGGCUGGUGCCCCGGCCAGGGCCGCAGCCUGCAUCCUCGUCGGGGUGUCGCUUCUUGCACUGGGCUGGCUGUACCGGCUCCUCUUCGCUCCGCUGGAGCUGCUCCGCACACCGGACGAGGUGGGCUACAUAAGUGAGGACGGGCGCUCCCGUGCUCAGGCUGCCAACGAGGUGCGCCGGAGACGCAAGACCGGGGAGCUGCCACCUAUCUACCCCAACGGAUGGUUUCGGGUGCUGGAUUCGCACAUGCUGGACAGGGGGGAAGUGAAGAGCGUUACCGUGCUGGGUGAGCAGGUGGCUGUGUUCCGGGGUCAGGACGGGAAGGCCCACGUUGUGGACGCGUACUGCCCCCAUCUGGGCGCCAACCUGGCGGUGGGCGGACGUGUGGUCGGUGGAUGCAUCGAAUGCCCUUUCCACGGCUGGCAGUUCCGCGGCGAAGAUGGGAAAUGUGUUCAUAUCCCCUAUGCGGAGAAAGUGCCGGAGUUUGCUAAGGUCCGACGCUGGCCUAGCAUGGAGAUCAACGGCCUGAUCCUGGUGUGGUUCCACUGCGAUGGUCUUGAGCCCAGCUGGACCAUUCCGGAGCAAGAGGAGAUCGCGCGGGGCCAGUGGGUGUACCGCGGCCGUACGGAGCACUUCAUCAACGCACACAUUGAGGAGAUCCCGGAGAACGCAGCUGAUAUCGCCCACCUGGCACAUCUGCACACGCCAGGCAUCGUCAGCGGUGUGGACCUUCGCUACACCAACAGCAAGACCUGGGAGUUCAUCCGGCAUGAUUGGAAGGUGGAAUGGGAACCUGAGCCAGAGCCCAACAAGCACUGCUCGCAGAUGCUGGUGAAGCAUGCCCUGACUGUGUUCGGCCGCCACUGGCCGAUACUCGACGUGAAUGUGGUGGCCAGACAGGUGGGCCCGGGGGUCGUGUUCCUGCUCUUCGACAGCAGCUUCCUGGGCCGCGGCGUCAUCAUGCACUCUGUGACCCCCGUGGAGCCCCUCCUGCAGUGCGUCUCCCACAGCAUCUUCUACCAGGGCAACAUCCCCCCCCUGGUGCCCAAGUUCAUCCUACGGGCUGAGUGCAUCCAGUUCGAACGGGAUGUGAUGAUCUGGAACAACAAGAAAUACAGCUCCAAGCCCGUCCUGGUGAAGGAGGACUCAGCCAUCCAGAGACACCGGCGCUGGUACAGCCAGUUCUACACAGAGAACAGCCCCCGCCUCCGCUACCAGUACGACACGCUGGACUUCUGACCAGCUGUGCUGCCGCUUUGCACCUGCAUUUGAGUGUGAAAGAAUGACCAAGGGUGACGGCUUUAAUGAGGAGAAGUGUGGGAUUGUUACACAGGCUGUGGGCUGGGGUGGAGGGAACCACUAGGGGGCGCUGGACAAAGAGAGAUGCAGGAUGCAGGGAAGGGGCCACUUAGAGAAGCUCGCAGAGCUCUUGUGCUCUUUUUAACAACAAAGCCAGUAGUCCUAUGCAUUUUUAAGCAAUUGCUUUGUCAAAGUAUAUUAUGCCCAUAAGAGUGUCAUUCAUAAAUGUUACUUGAAAAGGAGUGCAGCCUUAGCUCUCCUGCCCUAAUGAUUCACUAUUUUCCUCAGCCACCUUUUUAUAAUAGAUUUUAAACUCAAAACAAGUCUAUUUAUUUUUCUUACACAACAAGCACGGCAUAUAUGAUAAUCCUGUUGUUAUUAUUAAAAAUGCUUUUCUUGUUGUUAUUACGGAGGAAUUAUUGAAUUUAAAGUGCACUAAACAUCUGAAGAUGGAGGGAGCACAGAUUCCAAAUGCGAAAGAGAUGUGAGUAAUCCCAGUGUACCGACUGUGAACACAAAGCUAAUUCUCCAUCCUUUGGGGGGGGGGGGGGGGGCUAUAAGGAGGUCAGCCAGGGUCCUGUUAUUUCCUUCCUUCCCCUUUAAGUGCCUCUGUGCUCCCUAUUCUGGCAGACUUAAAGGGAUGGGCUGGUUUUAGAGCGAUAUUCUCUCUAUGCAGUAUCUUGGACCUACUUUACAUUUUUCUUAGCAAUUACAGCCACCCAGAAGGUGGAGGGCAGCUUUUUUCUCUCUUUUUUUCUCGCUAUGUAAUUAAGACACCAGUCGUUGAUUACAGCAGCGUCUCCCGCUGCAGAACGAUCCGUCUCCAGGUGGCCCUGCAGGUUCCGUUGCUCCUUUGUCUCUUUUCCGUUUCUGAUCCCUCAUGAUCUCCACGAUGCCGGAUUUUUAAAAAAAAAAAUAACAAGAGAUCUUAAUGGCUGUAUUUGUAUUUGAGAGGUUCUCCUUGCUCUGAGCACGGGGGCUGCACUAUACACCAGCACCUGGAACACUGUUCAGCUCCACUUGCCUCAUCUGCACUGCAGCAAGGCUGCUGUAGAGUGUGGAUUGUAGCAGGACCCUUUCAAGGGGGUGGAGUUGGGGGGGGGGGAGCUGUAUCCGCAGUACAGCUCGGAAGAACUCUAUAUUCUCCAGCUAGGUAAUUGAGUGGGUGGGCUGGACUGGAAUGGAAUACACACUAUUUAAUUACUGUACUUGCUUACAAUGGAACAGGGUACUCAUUGCUCAGCGGUUCUCGUUUUUAUUGGAACUAUUACUCUGGAAUCAAUACUAACAGCUUCCCCAAACAUGUGGUUUGGAUAUUUCCUCAAUUAUGCUUGAGUUGAUUUGAGUUAAACUGCAAAUGGACAGUUAUUAAAGCACAUGUCCGCAGACCUCAGAGGUCUCAUAUUUCAACACCUCUUGCAAGUCAUCUAUUUUUAUUCAGACUUGCAAGGCCUGUUUUAUCCAGGCUGACUGAAAUGUAUAAAUAAAGACCAGGUUAAAAAUGGCAAUAAAUGGUGGCUAAUGGUCUAAUUAACAUUCUGGUUGUGUGAAUAGUUUGUUGCGGAAGCACAGCAGCAAAUGUAGAUAGCUUCACAGAAAUAGCUUAUAGUUGGUUUGCACUCUGAUGAAAUGGAUUUUUGUAAUGGUGCAAUAGGGUAAUAUGUGUAGAAAGAGUGUAGCUUCUCACUCUAACAAUGAGGUCACAAUGAUAAUCAAGCACCAAUCAGAGCAGUGGCUGCGGAGGCCGUUUAUUUACCUGUACUGUCAAUUCAAUAUUGGUGCAGCACAGGUUUCCCUAACUGGAUAAUGGCUACAGACGGAUGCGGAAAAUCAUCCAUUUUAUGAUCCAGGGACUCUUAAUACUGUGAUAAUUCUUCUCUGCAAAAAUGGUACUCAAGCAGCCGAAUAUGUAGCGAAGGGUUAAAGCGAAACCCUUAAAAUGAAAAGCACUGGUUAUCAGCUAAUUAUCAGUAAUUCAUGGAACAAGCAAACCUUAAGACAGGCAAAGUAUGAACUGCUUGCUAGAAGGUAACUUGACUUUCUUGGAACAUGGGAAGGUUUCAGUCUAUCAAAUACCAUGUGAGUGGACUGAUAGAGACUUUAAAAAUGUGUAUUAAAGCCUGCACACUCCCGGAGGCCAUGGCCGACGUUGGGUAAGGAAGACAGAAAACCCUGUCUGUGUAUGUACAGAGAGAAUCAGAAAUCAUACUUUAUGUACUAAUUGUGGAAAAACAAUAUCUGAGUCUUAUUUUCCCUUUUAUAAAACAGAUUUGAAAAUUAUUUUUGUAAUUGCAAUGCUUUAAAAAUGUUAUAUCAGCAUAUUAUUUUAUCUUCACUUGCUUUUUAUACCGGAUCUCUGCUCGCUUUAUACAGUGUAUCAGAUAAGGAAGUUUAUGCUUUUAUUCUUGUCAUUGCUGCAAAAAUAAAACGAAACAACAGCGA